AUGGGUGCCGACGAAGACUACGACUACUUGUUCAAGCUCGUCCUCAUCGGUGACUCUGCCGUCGGAAAGUCCAACCUCUUGUCCCGAUUCACCCGAAACGAGUUUAGCUUGGAGACCAAAUCCACCAUCGGCGUCGAAUUUGCCACCCGCAGCGUCCCCAUCGAUAGCAAGCUUGUCAAGGCACAAAUCUGGGACACCGCAGGCCAAGAAAGAUAUCGUGCUAUUACAAGUGCAUAUUACCGAGGAGCAGUUGGUGCUUUGGUUGUGUACGAUGUAACCCGACACGUGACGUUUGAGAACGUGGAGAGAUGGUUGAAGGAGCUUCGAGAUCACACAGAAGCAUAUGUUGUGGUCAUGCUGGUGGGAAACAAGGCAGAUCUUCGACAUUUGCGUGCAGUGUCAACUGAAGAAGCCACAGAAUUUGCAGAGAAAGAGAAGAUAUACUUCAUGGAAACCUCUGCCCUUGAGUCCCUGAACGUGGACAAUGCUUUCAUAGAAGUGCUGACUCAGAUAUACAACGUUGUGAGCAGGAAAACUCUUGAGACAGUGGAUGACCCUCCUGCAGGAUCCCUGCCCAAAGGGGAAACCAUCGUUGUUGGAACCAAAGAUGAUGUCUCAGCCGUUAAAAAGAGUGGAUGCUGUUCCACAUAG